GGAAAUAUUCGAUCUAAUCCGCGACAUUAAUGAUCCUGAGCAUCCAUACACGCUUGAGCAGCUCAAUGUUGUUCAGGAGGAGCUCAUCAGAGUACAGAAGGAUGCUAAGCAUACCUAUGUGGACGUACGCUUCACGCCAACAAUCCCACAUUGCUCCAUGGCCACUUUGAUAGGGCUCGCAAUACGCGUGAAGUUGGCCCGCUCACUACAUCCCAGGAUCAAGGUCCGAGUUUCAAUAACAGAAGGUAGCCACAGUACUGAAGAAGCUAUUAAUCGACAGUUGGCGGAUAAGGAAAGAGUUGCUGCAGCCAUGGAAAAUACAAGUCUAAUGUACGCUGUGAAUCAGUGUCUUGCAGAACCUACUUGUGAGGAUUUUGAUGCUAUUUGUUCUGAAAUGAAAUGUAUAAUGCGGAGUAAUGAAUUUUGGGCGAUCACAUGUUCCCCUGCACAGCGGUUUCUGUCUUCCAAAGCCAAAUCAAAUACAAAGAAAUAUCUGCAGCGACAGAUGAAGGACGAAUUCGCUGCUAAAGCCAGAGAACAUUCGUACAGAGCUAGAUCCGCUUUCAAAUUGAUUGAGAUGGAUGAUCGAUUCAACAUUUUGAGACCUGGAAUGACUGUGUUAGAUGUGGGAUGUGCGCCAGGCUCAUGGUGUCAAGUGGUUGUCGAAAGAUGUGAAUUAAAUACAAAAACUUCCGAGGGAUAUUUGCUAGGGGUUGAUUUACAGCUAGUUUCUCCGAUUCCUGGAGCCGAUAUCAUGUCCUCUUCGGACAUUACCUCUCCUUCAGUACAGCGAACAAUAGCUAAGAAACUGAAUGGACGUCAGGUUGAUGUCGUGCUGAGCGACAUGGCUCCGAAUCCUACAGGUGACAAUGCCACGGAUCACCUGAGGUUGGUGAAUUUGUGUCGUACUGUGUUCCACCUCUUCGCUCCUCCUCAAGAGACAUCACCAGAAAGUGCCCAACCUCGUACAUCAGCGUUAUUUGAACUUUCUUCCGAGGGAAUGUUCAUAUGUAAAUUGUGGGAUGGUACCUAUCGACAAAGUUUCAUGUUAGAACUUUUGAAAUAUUUCAAUCAAGUACGAAUUUUUAAGCCAAAAUCGAGUAGAGAUUCCAGUGCUGAGUUGUAUUUAGUUGCUCUUGCGGCCGGCGAAGCGGUGGCGAAGGCGCUUUCGAGAGCGAUAAAACAAGAGCUUCAGCAAAGUCAACAUGCGGCAGCACGACAUAGCGCUAAAACAGGCCAGUCCGCCAGUGAGACUCGAGAUAAUGCUAAUGCUAAUGCACGACUUGGAAUUAGUUUAGAGGUAGUGUUUUGCAGUAGUUUCGUAGAGUUGUGA